CAUAGACAGAAUCAAUGUUUUCCAAGCUGCAAUUCCAAUCUUCUAAAUUGAACUGCAGGGAAUUAAACAUUGAAAAAGUGAUAAGUCAGAGUAGCAAUGGGGAUUAUUUUAAUUAUCUAAAGUAAUUUUAGACCAGUAUUAAUGGAGUAUAGGAAAAAUUCACCAUCCGUGAAAUAAUCUUGGCUUUGUAAGCUUCGUGAGAACAGUUUAGUAGAGUAAUUUAAUUGAAAUGGAUGAACCAUUGUAUCUAGUGAACUAUUCUGAGAUCUAUUUUAAUGACAGUAAUAAUAUACAAUCGAGGAGUUUGGUAUUGAAAUGUAAAAGAAAACCUCAAGGGUUAGAAGAAAAACAACAAGGUGCGACUGGAGACACAAUCCAGCUAUUAUUAAAGGAAAGGCAACCUGCAGAUAUUUGGAACACGGCAGAGGAAAGUGGCCAUGAUAAUAAAAAUCCUCUUAACAAUGUAACAAGGAAUCCAAUGAACUUAACCAAAGGGUACAAGGAAACCCCCCCUUUCCCAUGGUCACAAACUAAUGAGCCAAGAGAACCUCAAAGUAAGCUCAGUAGAAAUGGUCUCCUUAUAUCUGAUGACUUGGAAACAAACCCUAGAGAAGAACCCAUUGGGUACAGAAGAACAGGUCCUAUAAUUGCUGAUCAGAUGGAUUAUAAUUUUCAAACUGAUGUGGUUGGAAAGAAAUCACAAGGAGGAACAAGGGCCCAGUAUGCCAGACCAGGUCCUUUCCCUCUUGAUUUAUGUGACCAUGUAAUUGAAGGACAAAUGCAAUGGGAAGAAGAUUCUUUAGAUGAUAGAGAACAUACAGAAAGGAUAUCAAGGCUUCAUAAUAGAGAAGACAGUACAGAUAUCCAUUUCCAGUCUCAAUAUACAAUUACAUCAGAAAAUAACACAAUUUCUAAAUAUUAUUUGGAUGAUUUUGCAUCAACUUCAGAUUAUUGUCGUAACCCUACAGAAAAUGAUGUUCAUUUUUAUAGAAAAAGCAGAUAUUCUGCAACUACAACUGAGACUGCAAGUGGCAGUAAUAACUUAGAAGAAUCAGGCUUUGAAUGGACAAGUAACAGUGAGUUCACUUUAAACAAUGAAAUUUCAACUGUUGAUGAUGAAACAUAUGAAGAUGGCGAGAUUGACACUGUGAAUGAAUCAGAAUCUAUAACUGAUAGCCAAUAUGAGCAAUUCAUCCACUAUGAAACUGUAAUGGGAUCAUGGCAGGCAAUGAUGGCUGCAUAUUUGCUCACUUUGUCUAAUGGAAUAGUUGGAGUAAGUCUUCCCUCCUCCCAAUUAUUAUUGUAUUAAUACAUUUACUCAUGUAUUCUUCACUUUCAGAGUCAUCAGACUGGGAAAAGUUCUCGUGAAGGCUUAUGGAAAGUACCAAUAAUAGCCAGGGAAUACAAAGCUUC